GGCGCGCGGCGCGUCUCCUCCAUCACCAUGAAAGACGACUUCGCAGAGGAGGAGGAGGUGCAAUCCUUCGGUUAUAAGAGGUUUGGUAUUCAAGAAGGAACGCAAUGUACCAAAUGUAAAAAUAACUGGGCACUGAAGUUUUCUAUCAUAUUAUUAUACAUUUUGUGUGCCUUACUGACAAUCACAGUAGCCAUUUUGGGAUACAAAGUUGUAGAGAAAAUGGACAAUGUUACAGGUGGCAUGGAGACAUCUCGCCAAACCUAUGAUGACAAGCUCACAGCGGUGGAAAGUGACCUGAAAAAAUUAGGAGACCAGACUGGGAAGAAAGCUCUAAGCACCAACUCAGAACUCUCUUCCUUCAGAUCAGACAUUCUGGAUCUUCGUCAACAACUUCACGAGAUCACAGAAAAGACCAGCAAGAACAAAGAUACACUGGAAAAGUUGCAAGCAAGUGGGGAUGCACUGGUAGACAGCCAGAGUCAACUGAAAGAAACUUUGGAAAAUAACACUUUCCUCAUCACCACUGUCAACAAAACUCUCCAGGCCUAUAAUGGCUAUGUCUCCAAUCUGCAACAAGAUACCAGUGCGCUGCAGGGUAACCUGCAGAGUCAGAUGUAUUCUCACAAUGUGGUCAUUAUGAACCUCAACAACCUGAAUCUAACCCAGGUCCAACAGAGGAACCUCAUCUCUAAUCUGCAGCGGUCUGUGGAUGACACAAGCCAGGCUAUUCAGCGAAUCAAGAAUGACUUCCAAAAUCUGCAGCAGGUUUUCCUUCAAGCCAAGAAGGACACCGAUUGGCUGAAAGAUAAAGUGCAGAACUUGCAGACUUUGGCUGCCAAUAAUUCCGCCUUGGCCAAAGCCAACAAUGACACUCUGGAGGAUAUGAACAGCCAGCUCAACUCCUUCACAGGUCAGAUGGACAACAUCACCACAGCCUCACAAGCCAACGAGCAGAACCUGAAAGAUCUGCAGGAUGUACAAAAGGAUGCAGAGAACAGAACAGCUAUUAAGUUCAGUCAACUGGAGGAACGCUUCCAGGUCUUUGAGACCGAUAUUGUGAACAUCAUCAGCAACAUCAGUUACACAGCCCACCACCUGCGGACGCUGACUAGCAACUUGAAUGAAGUCAGGACCACUUGCACAGAUACCCUGACCAAACACACGGAUGACCUGACCUCCUUGAAUAACACAUUGGCCAAUAUCCGUUUGGAUUCUGUUUCUCUUAGGAUGCAACAAGAUAUGAUGAGGUCUAGGUUAGACACCGAAGUGGCCAAUUUAUCAGUAAUUAUGGAAGAAAUGAAACUGGUGGACUCCAAACAUGGUCAACUUAUCAAGAAUUUUACAAUAUUACAAGGUCCUCCUGGUCCCAGGGGUCCCAAAGGUGACAGAGGACAGCAGGGACCCCCUGGUCCCACUGGCAAUAAGGGACAAAAAGGCGAGAAAGGGGAGCCAGGACCACCAGGCCCCGCUGGUGAGAGGGGUCCAAUCGGGCCCAUUGGCCCACCUGGAGAGCGCGGAGGCAAAGGCUCAAAAGGUCUACAGGGCCCCAAAGGCUCCCGAGGAUCCCCGGGGAAACCUGGUCCUCAGGGACCGAGUGGGGACCCAGGCCCUGCAGGCCCACCAGGCAAGGAUGGACUUCCAGGCCCACAAGGCCCUCCUGGCUUCCAGGGACUGCAAGGGACUGUGGGGGAACCUGGUGUGCCUGGACCAAGAGGGCUACCAGGCUUGCCUGGGGUGCCAGGAAUGCCAGGUCCCAAGGGCCCCCCAGGCCCACCAGGCCCAUCAGGAGCAGCAGUACCCUUGGCCCUGCAGAAUGAGCCAACCACAGCACCUGAAGCCAAUGGCUGCCCACCCCACUGGAAGAAUUUCACAGACAAAUGUUACUACUUUUCGGUGGAGAGAGACAUUUUUGAUGAUGCAAAACUUUUCUGUGAAGACAAAUCUUCACAUCUCGUCUUCAUAAACACAAGAGAGGAGCAGCAAUGGAUAAAAAGGCAAAUCAAUGGACAAGAUAGUCACUGGAUCGGCCUCACAGACUCUGAACAUGAAAAUGAAUGGAAAUGGCUGGAUGGAACAUCUCCAGAGUUUAAAAACUGGAAAACAGGACAGCCAGAUAACUGGGGUCAUGGCCACGGGCCUGGAGAAGACUGUGCUGGACUGAUUAGUGCUGGGCAAUGGAAUGAUUUCCAGUGUGAAGAUGUCAAUAAAUUCAUUUGUGAAAAAGAUAGGGAGACAGUGCUAUCGUCUGCCUUAUAAUGGACUGUGGGAAUAUCAUGAACAAAUUUCUGGACAGUUCACCAGGACAAAGGAUGCUUCUUUCUGAUUGCAUUAUGUUUUCACCAGAUUGGGAGGGGGAGAUAAAAGCACUGGAAGCCAAUUACUGAAAAAAUUGUCAGAUAUGUUCUUUACCAUCCACCAUUAUUCAAGGACUUGGGAACUAAAAUGUCUCUCAACAUGAUGAUGCAUUGAUUUUCAGUAUGCACAUGAACUGAAUUGCAAGAUUUCUUUCAGCCAGUAACUACAUAAUUAUAAAAAUAUUAUCUUCCAAAAUAUAAAAUGCUCUGAUCAGAAAAAGACUCACUGGUUGUUGAGCAAUUGAAGGAACUUAAAAAUAUACACUGUGUAAACAGUACCUUACAUUUCUAAAAUCCCAAAUGUAGGAAGAAUAUGAGACACACAGAUAUAUAAGCCAAUUCUUAGUAAUAAUAUUAAAUAUACUUAAA